CUCUCAGGGCGACAGUUACAGGCAAAAAAGAGGAAGUGGUAGCUAGCUAGCAGAGGCAGGCAGGCAGGCGGGCGGCGGGCGGGUGGAGGAGGCCGCGAGGGUGUGCGGACCGGCCUGGGAAGGCAGCGGCCAUGGAGCUGUGGCGCCAGUGCACCCACUGGCUCAUCCAGUGCCGGGUGCUACCGCCCAGCCACCGUGUGACCUGGGAUGGUGCCCAGGUGUGCGAGCUGGCGCAGGCCCUCCGGGAUGGCGUCCUUCUGUGCCAGCUGCUCAACAACCUGCUGCCCCACGCUAUCAACCUGCGGGAAGUCAACCUGCGUCCCCAGAUGUCCCAGUUCCUCUGCCUUAAGAAUAUCCGCACUUUCCUGUCUACCUGCUAUGAGAAGUUUGGCCUCAAGAGGAGUGAACUCUUUGAGGCCUUCGACCUCUUCGAUGUGCAGGAUUUUGGCAAGGUCAUCUACACCCUGUCCGCUCUGUCCUGGACCCCGAUUGCCCAGAACAAGGGGAUCAUGCCCUUCCCCACUGAGGAGAGUGUGGGUGAUGAAGACAUCUACAGUGGACUGUCCGACCAGAUCGACGACACGGUGGAGGAGGAUGAGGACCUGUACGACUGCGUGGAGAACGAGGAGGCAGAGGGCGAUGAGGUCUACGAGGACCUCAUGCGCUCGGAGCCGGUACCCAUGCCGCCCAAGAUGACAGAGUAUGACAAGCGGUGCUGCUGUCUGCGGGAGAUCCAGCAGACGGAGGAGAAGUAUACGGACACGCUGGGCUCCAUCCAACAGCAUUUUAUGAAGCCCUUGCAGCGGUUCCUUAAACACCAAGACAUCGAGAUUAUCUUCAUCAACAUCGAGGACCUGCUUUGUGUGCACACCCAUUUCCUAAAGGAGAUGAAGGAAGCCCUGGCCAACCCCAGUGCAGCCACCCUCUACCAGGUCUUCAUCAAAUACAAGGAGAGGUUCCUCAUCUACGGCCGCUACUGCAGCCAGGUGGAGUCGGCCAGCAAGCACCUGGACCGCGUGGCCACAGCCCGGGAGGAUGUACAAAUGAAGCUGGAAGAAUGUUCUCAGCGCGCCAACAACGGGAGGUUCACCUUAAGGGACCUGUUGAUGGUCCCCAUGCAGCGAGUGCUCAAAUAUCACCUCCUGCUCCAGGAGCUGGUGAAACACACACAGGAUGCGAUGGAGAAGGACAACUUGCGGCUGGCCCUAGAUGCCAUGAGGGACCUGGCACAGUGUGUAAACGAGGUCAAGCGGGACAAUGAGACGCUGCGGCAGAUUACCAACUUCCAACUGUCCAUCGAGAACCUGGACCAGUCUCUAGCCCACUACGGCCGACCCAAGAUCGAUGGUGAGCUGAAGAUAACUUCGGUGGAGAGGCGCUCCAAGAUGGACAGGUAUGCCUUCCUGCUUGACAAAGCUCUGCUCAUCUGUAAGCGCCGAGGGGACUCCUACGACCUCAAGGACUUUGUGAACCUGCACAGCUUCCAGAUUCGAGAUGACUCCUCCGGAGAGAGGGACAACAAGAAGUGGACUCACAUGUUCCUCCUGAUUGAGGACCAAGGUGCUCAGGGCUAUGAGCUGUUCUUCAAGACACGAGAACUAAAGAAGAAGUGGAUGGAGCAGUUCGAGAUGGCCAUCUCCAACAUCUACCCUGAGAACGCCACUGCCAAUGGUCAUGACUUCCAGAUGUUUUCCUUUGAGGACACCGCAUCCUGCAAGGCUUGCCAGAUGCUGCUGAGAGGCACUUUCUAUCAGGGGUACCGCUGUCAACGGUGCCGAGCACCUGCACACAAGGAGUGUCUUGGGAGGGUCCCUCCAUGUGGUCGACAUGGACAAGAUUAUUCAGGAACUAUGAAGAAGGAUAAGCCACAUCGGCGGGCUCAAGACAAAAAGAGGAAUGAGCUAGGCCUGCCCAAGAUGGAGGUGUGCCAGGAAUACUAUGGGCUGCCCCCACCCCCUGGAGCCAUUGGACCUUUUCUACGCCUCAGCCUGGGAGACAUCGUGGAGCUCACCAAGGCUGAAGCCGAACAGAACUGGUGGGAGGGAAGGAAUACGUCUACCAAUGAAGUCGGCUGGUUUCCCUGCAAUAGGGUCAAGCCCUACGUGCAUGGUCCCCCCCAGGACCUGUCUGUUCAUCUCUGGUACGCUGGCCCCAUGGAGCGAGCCGGGGCGGAAAGCAUUCUUACCAACCGCUCGGAUGGGACGUUCUUGGUGCGGCAGAGGGUGAAGGAUGCUGCAGAAUUUGCCAUCAGCAUUAAGUAUAAUGUUGAAGUCAAGCAUAUUAAAAUCAUGACAGCAGAAGGACUGUACCGGAUUACAGAAAAGAAAGCUUUCAGGGGGCUUACGGAGCUGGUGGAAUUCUACCAGCAGAACUCUCUGAAGGAUUGCUUCAAGUCGCUGGACACCACCCUGCAGUUCCCCUUCAAGGAGCCUGAGAGGAGAGCCAUUAGCAAACCACCAGCCGGGAGCACCAAGUACUUUGGCACGGCCAAAGCCCGCUAUGACUUCUGCGCCCGGGACCGAUCAGAGCUGUCCCUCAAAGAGGGCGACAUUAUCAAGAUCCUUAACAAGAAGGGGCAGCAGGGCUGGUGGCGAGGGGAGAUCUACGGCCGGGUUGGCUGGUUCCCCUCCAACUAUGUGGAAGAGGACUAUUCUGAGUACUGCUGAGCCUUGGCACAUUGGCAGAGAGACAAGAGAUUCCAGGCUCCAAGCCCAGGAUGAACAGGCAGUGGGGCCAGGAGCUGGGACAGAUCCUGGUGGGCUGAGAGUCCGUGGACUGUGGAGGGCUAGCGUCCAGCUGGCAGGGCUCCAGGGAUGAUGCCCUGCCAUGGUUAAUUUAUAACACGUGCAUUUCCUCUUGGGUCCCCUUGAGAAGGUGGGGCUCCAGGCAACUACUUCCAAUAAAAUGAUGAAUGGAUGGA